AUGUUUAAACGAUCAUUUGUAAUAAUAAUCGUUAUUGCAUUCCAAUUGUUCGUUCAGACCUCUGCUACUUGCGACGUUUGUCAGGACGUAAUAAAUACGUGGAAGAACUGUAGUGAAGGAAAACUUGAUAUAGAUAAUCCUAAAGUAUUGGCGUGCGGCUGUACCGAGACGAACUAUGAAAAAUUUGAAAAUUGUUACGAUUGCCAAUCCGCACAAGGUAAUUGGCCUUCAGAAUAUCCUACUCCUGCACAAGCUCUGAAGAUAUGUCAAAGAUCUGGGUAUUUGAAUCCAUCAACCACAACUGGGAAUGAUAGCGCAACUGGUACGACUAAUGAAGUUUCUUCUGUGACAAAUAAGUCUUCUGCUGCUAAAAUACACCCAUACACGAGCCUGAUUUUCGGCGUUGCAGGAGG